UCACGAGUUUUCGAUCUUCUACUUCCUCAAAUGUGUAAACAUUGGAGACCGCAAAGCAGUUUUAAGUUACUCUGCAGGACAUGGCCGAUACACCGCUUUAAAACAUUGGUAUUACAAGGAUAUACAACGUUGUAAAGUUUACACAAAGCUACAAGGUGGCUGGAAGUCGAAAAAACUGGAUCAGAGAGGAAGUUCUAAGUUGGUGCGCGGUUUGGGAAUGGGUAACAUUCCUUGCUGGUCCAAAUGGAGAAUAAAGGGAGCGACGAGGUGGAAACAUUGAAGACAAAGUUCUUCUCUGUGUGGCACAAUGUGAAGUACAGUUGGGCUCUGAAAUCAAAGACCUCAUUCAGUAGAAAUUCACCGGUGCUUCUCCUCGGAAAAUGUUACCAUUUUAAGGCUGAAGAUGACGACGGUGUUACAGAAGCCUGCCAUGAAGCCUCCUAUGACGACUCCGUCAUGGGGAACGUUGAGGCUUUCCGCAAGGAUUUUGCGUCCCGAGUGUGGCUCACCUACAGGGAGGAGCUGCCUCCUCUGCCCAGCUCCACCCUCACCACCGACUGCGGCUGGGGCUGCAUGUUAAGAGCCGGGCAGAUGAUGCUGGCACAGGCACUUAUUCUGCACUUCUUGGGCAGAGACUGGACCUGGUCUGAGGCGAUGAUGCUCCAGCCUUUGGACACAGAGACGUGGACUAGCACUGCAGCCAAGCGUUUGGUGGCCUCUCUGGAGUCCUCUCUGCAAGGUUCCCCCAGGCCCUCCGAUCAAGGAUCCCCACCCAUGCACCAAGCCCAGGCCCGGGGAUCCGCAGAGGAGGCAGACGCACAUUUGAAAGAGAUGUACCACCGCACUCUGGUAUCCUGGUUCGGGGACAGCCCCUCGGCUCAGUUGGGCCUCCACAGGCUGGUUCGCAUGGGCCUGACAAUGGGGAAGCAGGCAGGGGACUGGUACGGGCCUGCUGUGGUGGCACAUAUCCUCAAGAAAGCUGUCGAGGAGGCGAUGGACCCUGGCUUGGCGGGUAUAACUGCUUACGUCUCCCAGGACUGCACAGUGUACAGUGCCGAUGUCAUUGAUAGCCACAGGGCACCGAGAGCAGGGCAGGUCUCUGCUGAGAGAUCAGAUGCCCCUCCUUCCACACAGAGCCACCAACCAGCGUCAGCCUCCACCCUGUCAGACAGCCGAGGCGUCAUCAUCCUCAUCCCUGUGCGACUGGGAGGGGAGAAGACAAACCCCGACUAUUUUAACUUUGCAAAGAGCAUACUGAGUCUGGAGUAUUGCAUAGGCAUCAUCGGAGGGAAGCCCAAACAGGCCUGCUACUUUGUAGGAUUUCAAGAUGACAGCUUGAUUUACAUGGACCCUCAUUACUGUCAGUCUUUUGUGGAUGUCAGCACCAGCGAUUUCCCUCUCCAGUCAUAUCAUUGCCCCUCGCCAAAGAAGAUGCCUUUCAGCAAGAUGGACCCAAGCUGCACCAUAGGUUUCUACUCUAGAAGUGCUCAAGACUAUGAGAGAAUCAGCCAAGAGCUGUCUAAGGUGCUGCAGCCGUCAGCAAGGGAGAAAUACCCGGCGUUCACUUUCAUGCAAGGUCAUGGCAGAGAUUACGACCUUUCUGCAGGCCUGACCCCGGAGAAGAGAGAAUGGCCCUUCAUCCGUGACCCGCGGAGGACGGUCACCACCACCGGGGACUUUGUGCUGCUUUGACGGCGCUGUUGUUAAAAAGACUACUAGACAAGGAACUUCUUCUUUUAAUGAAUCGAACUGCUGAUACCCGAAGCCUAGUGUCUGAGCCUUUUGUGACACCCAAGGUUAUGGAACUUUUUUAAACUACCGCAAGUCUGUUAACACAUCCUGGAAACUUAUUGUAGUAUUUGUUGCCUGGAAAUGUGAGCUUGCUGAACAUUGUUGUCAGGAAGCUUUCGGUGCUCUGCUUAAUUCAGUGACUUAAAAUGUUUUACAUAGUCAUCUGAAGAAGAGGAAUACUAUUCAUUUUGCACCAUAUAUUUGUUAUAUGGACUUAAAAAAAGUCCAAUUUUGGAAGAUUUGAUGUAGGAUUUUUUUUUUUUACAUGUUACAUAAUGUUGAAGACGUCUCAUAGGGAUUUGCUUAUACUGAUCAUAAGGUCCAGUUCAACACGACACCACAUCAACUUAACAGUGCCAUAUAGUGUUGGUCCAUUUCAAAAUCCUUUCACAGGGCUACAUCUACAGUAUUUGGACAAAUGUUUCUUAUCUGUGGUUAGCACUGGGCUAAGAGGAGUAUUAUAAAAGCUUGAAAUUAAUAUGGGCCAAGAGCUCUGGAUGAUGGAGCCAAAUAACUUUUCCAAACUUCUUUGCCAGAAUAUUCAUUCAAGAUGAAUUCUUCACCGUUCACCCGACACCUCACCAGCAGUAGCAUGUGGGACACAUGCUUUGAAGGGCACUUUCUUCAUAAUUCUGCCAACACGUCUUUUUAUUCACUAUAGAGAUCAUUUCUUUGUCGGAGCAAUAAUAUGUGAUGGUGGUGUGGGAUGAUAUAAUUGUUUGCUUGUCCUGUGUGUUUUAGAGUGGUAUUAAUUAUCUGAAUUAUGUAUCACAGUGCAAGUGGCCAGGGGUGACUAAAGAGUUUGUUAAAGGGAUAUUAUCAUUUACCAUAUCUCAUUAAGUGCUAUCUGUUAUGAAUAACCUUUUACAAUAUUUUUAAGAUUUAGAGUAUUUACCAUAUUGGUCUUGAAUUGAAAACAUAGAAAAUAUUUGGGAAUUAGAAAAUAUGUAGUUGAAUUUAUUACCACAUAAAGAAAUCAGAGAGACAUACUAGAUCAACUUUCAAAAUCAAUAUUGUAUGCAACUAACCAUUUUUGGCAAUUAUUUCUAAGGAUUUUUAUCAUUUCAAGUAAUUCAAAAUUGAUUUUCUAACAUUUCAUGUUAUGUUUCUUAAUGUUUCUUCCCUUUUUUUUCUGAAAUCCAGUCUCCAGCAGUGAGUGACUAAAUGAUCUGUUUCUAUUCUCACAAAACACCUUUACAGUAUCUACACAUUCACAAACCAGAAAUGAAGAAGUAAACUAACACAUGCUAGGUUGCAGAACUUCUCAUGCACUUUCAUUUAUCAUUUCAAAAAGACUGAAAUAUUCUGACUAUUGUAUCUGUUUCAUGUGCUGUUUGAAUAAAUUAACUGUAUAGUAUGUUUCAUAACAUGUCAAAUGUUUUUUUUAACACUGCCCGGCAA